CGAGAGUACAAUGUAAUGUGAGAACUAUUUCUUCGUUUGUCACCUCCGCGAUUGAAUAUACAUUUAUAUGAGUCAAUUUACCUAAAAAUAUCCGGUCAAACCGGUAUAAUAGUGUGUCAGUAAGUGCAGCAAAAUUAUAAAAAAUGGAUUUUUCCCAGUAUCGAAAGGCUCUAGUGUACAUUCUGACUUUUCUCGCUUAUGCAUGGUCAGGUUACGGUGCUGGUUUACUAUCGAAUUUAAAGGACGCAGUAUUAGCAGCAGAAACGGUAUUUCAAGAUUUCUUUGAGAAUGCAGUUACUGUAGCUAGAAAAAUUAAAGACAUACAUGAAGUGUUCGACGCAGCAGUGGAAGAAAACUGUAUCUUUCAAUGUCCAGGAGGAGUCACUCCGAAACCGGAUUGGAAUCAUAAACCCCAAAGUAAUGGCUGUGGUUCUUUAGGAAUUGAAAUAAACCAAGAGUAUCUGCCACUCACGGAAAUGACGAAAUGUUGCGACGCGCAUGACAUUUGUUACGAUACUUGUAACUCAGAUAAAGAGAAAUGCGAUUUGGAAUUUAAAAGAUGCCUAUACAAAUAUUGCGAUGGAUAUCAAUCGACUGCGAUAAUAAAUACGUGUAAAGCUGCUGCAAAAAUGCUUUUCACUGGUACGACUGCUUUAGGAUGCAAGAGUUACAUGGAUGCGCAAAAAAAUGCCUGCUACUGUGGAGACAAGUGGAAUAAAAACAAAAAAGCAAAGAAAGCUGCUCAAGCUGGUGGAGAAUUAUAGAAAUAAUUUUAUAGAUCAUUUGUCAUUUGUAAAAUACCAAUUACCUUUAUACCUCGUUUGUGAAUCUCUAAUAAAUCAAAAUGCUAUUUUCUACUUACUGUUGUAUUGUAGAAAAUGUCGUUUUAUCGAAAAUGGUGUUGCUAUUGUAAAACAGGUACUUUCCAUAUGUUCAAUGAAACAGGGAAAUAUAAGUUUGUCUUCUAA